AUGCAAAAGUGGUUGCUGUUUGUUAACUAUUCAUUGGUAUCUAUUGAUUGGUAUCUAUUAUCUACUGGUAGUAUUACUGUUUUUACUGGUUACUUCUUAUAUAAUUUGGUAUAUUGGAAGACCGGAUAUGAUGGUCACGCACAAUACUGUAAUUACCUCCAGAAGUAUGCCUUCUCCGGUUGUGAUGACAGUCGGCGUUGUAAUUGUGUCGAUUUGGAUAUCAAAAAAGCUUUUUUUUUGUAG